AAAGCCCUUCACCUCCUCCUGAAGCACUCGGCGGACGUCAACGCCCGCGACAAGCACUGGCAGACGCCCCUGCACGUCGCCGCGGCCAACCGGGCCACCAAGUGCGUGGAGGCCAUCGUCCCCCUGCUGAGCACCGUCAACGUCGCCGACCGCACGGGCCGCACCGCACUGCACCACGCCGUGCACAGCGGCCACCUGGAGAUCGAUGAACCAAAUUCCUUCGGGAACACUGCACUUCACAUCGCCUGUUACAUGGGCCAAGACGCCGUGGCCAACGAGCUGGUGAACUACGGCGCCAACGUCAAUCAGCCGAACGAGAAGGGCUUCACCCCGCUGCACUUUGCUGCCGUCUCCACCAACGGGGCCCUGUGCCUCGAGCUCCUGGUGAACAACGGCGCCGACGUCAACUUUCAGAGCAAGGAAGGGAAGAGCCCCCUGCACAUGGCUGCCAUUCACGGACGGUUCACGCGGUCGCAGAUCCUCAUUCAGAACGGCAGCGAGAUUGACUGCGCUGACAAAUACGGCAAUACCCCCCUCCACGUUGCUGCUAGAUACGGCCACGAGCUGCUAAUUAGUACUUUGAUGACGAAUGGUGCUGACACUGCAAGGUAA